AUGGCAGCUGCCACAGCCACAAAUAACAACAGUGAUGGGCUCACUGACGGUGUCUGGCCGGAGUUCUCGCAGGAACUGUGCGAGGAACUGAAUGAAAAGCGCUGUCUUGUCCUUGCGGUUGAUGCAGAGAAGGCGGCCGCUGUGUGUCGUUGUGUCGACGGCGUGAUCGCAAAGUUGGGCAGCGGCGCGGAAGGGAACGGCAAACCGAAUAACGGGUCAGACGAUAUGUUACCUUCACUGCAACGUUCCCCACGUGUCCGCUUUACCACAGGUGAUAAUAUUGCAAGGUUACAGAGGUGUACUGCUGUUUACGGGCGAUUUCCAAUGCUCCUUGUGCUGGAGAUGUACGAAGAUCGCUCCUUUGUGUUGGAUCUUGAUGCCGAUAUAACGAUCACUAAAGAAACGGAGAAGAAGAUUGAGUUGUUUCUUCGUGGUGUUGCGGCGGGCGAUGUUCCAAGGGCUCUCCAGGGCGCGGUACCGCCUGCCAAUGAUUGCAUCGAUUCUGCGCACAAUAUCCCUCUUAAGCACGGGCUCUGCGCUGUGACGAGCACCCUUGAGCGGCUUAAGCGGAAGGAGUCAGGCGGUGCGGUAUGCCUCUUCUGGAGCGAGCACUGCGCAAUGUGUUCUGUGGUUCUUAUGAUGGUGGAUCGACUUGUAGGAGUGAUCUUGGAGGCGUCCGAGGCCCGCGGUGUGGCACGGCCAUUUAGCUACAUCGCCUGCAACAUUGACCACAACGAUUUUCCAGAGGAGGACUGGCCGCAGAAGUCGGAACGUCAAAUUGUGCCGACGAUUGCUGCGUACAAUGGGGAUGGUGAGCGCUUUGUGUACGGCGGCAGACGGAUGGCUUCGCCUAUUAUUUCUUUUAUAUGUACGCACUGCCUGCCAAGUGGCUUGCCCAAUGCGGCGCAGAUCGCAAGUGAUGCGUUGGCCGUUGCAGAGAAGAUGAAGGAAGAGGAAUUAUGGGGUGGUGGCGUCUAUUCCACCGCCGAAAAAGACGCAGUGAAGGAGAUAAAGCCGAGGGAAAACGACCACUUCGACACAAAUGAGGCCUCGGAUGUCAACUUGGAGGAGGCUGGGCAGAAGCGAUUGCGUCGCUGCGGUCAUGAUGCACAAGAGGAAGAAAGCCCUGAGAGUGAGAGGGGCGAAGCAACAAAAGAGGAACAAAAGGAACCAAAAAAGGAAAGAAGUGAAGUAAAUUGA